AUGGAUCUCUCAGACGAGCAAACACAGCUGUCGGAGCCUCAGAGCCCCAGGGUGCCCGACCUAUCCGAGACGGAUCCGAAUCCCGAGGGCCGUCCCCGGCGGCGGCGGCUCGCUACCGUGUACGAUGCCGUGGCAGGCCAGGUUUCUGUCCGGCAAGUCUUGCAAGACGAUGGGGAGAGGCACGCGAACCAACAGCAGGCGGGGAUCGCGGCGAGCCAGCAGCCAACGGCGCCGACGACGUUAGCCGCCAACAGCAUCAGACAUCCAACCCGGCGCGUCCCAAUCGGGCCUGAAGAGGUGCUCUUCCGGCGGAGGGACGCGCCGCAGCGCUACGCCGAGUACGACGUGUAUGCCGCCCACGAGAGGGACCUGCCUCGCGGCGGCCGCGGUGUUCUUCCCGAGAGCGACCUGCUCAAGGCCAUCCACACGUAUACCAGCAGGUACUACGGGGCCGUGGAGCGCAACCGUGCCCGUCGCCAGCGUGGACAGGCGCCGCAACCUGGCAUGCCGCGCCAUGGCGUGGACGAGCGCAGCAUGGACGAGACGGCCCUGUUGGCCUUUGGAAUUCUACUCGAGGAAGCUGGGCGUGCGGUACUUGGCCAACGCGGCGACUUAGUCUUCACCGAGGGCGAGGGCGUCGAUGUGCCGGACCAGCAGCGCGCCGGAACGCCUUCCGCAAGCGGAGAUGAGGUGGCGGCCCCAGAUGAUCGAGCCACCGGCGCUGGUGUCGGUGCCAGCGGCUGGACUCGGGGCAUCGCUGCGCCCGCGCCGACCCCGUCUGUUGGAUAUCAGGAGGUCGGAUCUUGGAAGAGGCCCAACAGAGGUUCCAAGAGGCGAAAGGUGUCCAACCAGGAGCCGCCUGACAACGACGACAACGACACGCACAGAGAAUAUCUCGACAGCGGCGGCGGCGAGAACCAGGGGUACGCCGCGCCAAGGACGCGCGCGCAGGCUGGGCCGGGCGGAUUCUCGGCCAGCGCUUGA